AACCUCUAUUUAUGUUGCUAGUCUCCAAGUCCUACCUCCCAUUGCCACUCAUAUUAUUAUCCUCUCUCUCUCUCUCUCUCCAUUUUCUCAGGUGGUAGCAGCGAAUUCAGAAGGCUAGAUGAGACCACCGAGUGAUCCGGGAGGCCCAGGGCCUCCAUGGCCUGGGCCGGGUCCAGGGCCUCCAGCUCCAUUCAUACCGGGGGGGUUUUGUGGUGGCUUUGUCAAUAACUUAUGCAGUACCAUAUCUUCCUGUUUCUAUUUCGUUUGCUGUUGUUGGUUGCUGCAAGAUUGCUUUGGUGAUCCGCCUGGGCCGCCCAGUGGCCCUCCAGGUCCACCUCUUGGUCCUCCGGGUCCCCCACCGCCUCCACCUCCACCUCCGGUUCCCCCACCGCCUCCACCUCCGGUUCCCCCACCGCCUCCACCUCCUAAUCCUUUUGGUCCUCCGAUUGGCCCUCCAGGUCCUCCCAUUGGCUUUCCAGGUCCUUUUGGACCUCCUGGUCCACCAGGGCCUCCUGGUGGCCCACCCGGUCCACCAGGGCCUCCUGGUAGCCCACAUUUCUUUUGAUAUUGAAUUUAUAUUUCCGCUACUUUGUCCUUCAAUCCAACCAAGAAAAAAGAAUAGAAAAAAAUAAAAACAAGAAAGUACCUUUAGAAAAUAUGUGGGAAACAUUUCCGCUACUUUGUAAGCAGUAGAUCUAAUAAUUUUUUACCUUUAUUUUACUUUGUAAGCAGUAGAUCUAAUAAUUUUUGUUUCUCAGUUUGUGAUUA